AUGAUGCUUAACCUUGCACUAGGUCCCACAGACACUUUGACAUCUCUUGCAGGCCCAACAAUUACGAAGAUCGAAGUCCUACGUACUCUUGACGACCUCGGUGUCGCUAGAGUUGUACCUCAGGAAGGAACCAUCCACCUCGCUGACCUCGCCGCCAAAAUUGGUGUGAAUGGGUCGCUUUUACACCGACAGCUAAAGGUGGCAUACCUGAUGGGAAUGUUCCAGGAGCCAUCACCUGGACAAAUCGCACAUACUUCAUUCUCUGCGGCCAUACCAGACUUCAGUCCAUAUACUCAACUUCGGACCACAAGAUUGUUCUACACUGGUGCAUGGGAGGUUGCCAACUCUAUGAGAAUCUGGCAGGAUGACCCGCCUAAACAUCACAUGCAAAUACCUGUAGAGAUGGCUGACCCAGACCACAGAGGAAUGUGGAAGAUCCUUGAGGAAGACGAUCCUGACAAGAAAGGACACGAGAAGUUCGCGGCAGGCAUGAAAGCUCUCGUCAGCGCAUAUGUAGGCACAAGUUUCACACCAUACGUUCAAGGCUUCGACUGGGCUAGUAUUGGAGAGGGUCUUGUGAUUGAUAUCGGCGGCGGAAACGGACACAUCGAGGCCAACAUUUUCAAGGACCUACCAGGUGUCAAUUUCCUCAUUCAAGACCUCGCAGAGAACGAGCAAGCAACAAAAGAACUAGCACAGAAACAGGGAGCAGGAGAUCGCAUCUCUUUCCAAGUUCACGAUUUCUUCCAGCCCCAGCCCGCAGAUCUACAGCCCAAGGCAUACAUCCUCAGUCGCGUCCUCCAUGACUGGCAAGAUGCAGACUGUGUCAAAAUUAUCCAACCACUAAUUCCAGCUAUGGAGAAAGGCGCGAAACUGUUUGUGAGUGAGCGGAUUCUCCCUGAUGGACCUGGUGAGGUUCCUGUGCACAAGGAGCUGCUCUUGCGCCAUACGGACAUACUCAUGUUCACAUUGUACGGGGCCAAGGAGAGAAGUAGAGGUGACUUCGAAGCACUGUUCAAAUUGGCUGAUCCCCGGUUGAAGGUCAAGAAGGUGCAGCAUCCACCUAGCACGAUAUUCUCUAUGCUGGAAGUUGUGCUCGACCAAGGCCAAGAUGUUUAG